UAUCAUUCACUCUCAUUCAAAAGAAUCAUUCAAACGGAAUAAAAAAAUCAAAGUUUUCUGUUGUGGCUGGAACUUAGAAGUGAUUAUUGAUGCGUGUUACAAAAAUGGAGUUCAAAAAUUACGUUUAUUUAACGUUAUUACUGUGCUUUUCAUCAAUUGCAACAGCACAGAGGACGCCGACGAUAUCUCAUAUUACUCAAGAACAGAUCAGGGAUAUCGGCAGUCAGGUGGAUUUGGACUGCUCCGUCCAUUAUGCCCAGGACUUCCCUGUUAUUUGGGUAAAAUACGACUCGUACAAGACAGUAGAAUCUAUUCCACUCUCCACAAAUGCUGGGCUCAUCAUCAAGGAUUCGAGGUUUUCGCUAAGAUUUGACGAUGCGACAGCCACUUACACGCUUUCGAUAAAAGACAUACAAGAGAAUGACGCGGGUUGGUACCAGUGCCAAGUUUUGAUGUCAGUCAGUAACAAGAUCACAGCUGAAGUGGAACUUCAAGUUAGGAGACCACCCAUCAUUUCUGAUAACUCUACUAGGUCUAUUGUAGCUAACGAGGGAGAAAGCGUACAAAUGGAAUGCUACGCCGGAGGGUUCCCGCCGCCGAAGAUCUCGUGGCGUCGUGAGAACAAUGCCAUUUUACCUACCGGCGGAUCUAUCUACAGGGGCAACAUCCUAAAAAUCGCGACGGUACAUAAGGAGGACCGUGGCACGUAUUACUGCGUGGCGGAGAACGGCGUCGGCAAGGGCGCGCGACGCAACAUCAACCUGGAGGUCGAGUUCGCGCCCGUCGUCACCGUGCCCAGGCCGAGGCUCGCGCAGGCUCUACAAUACGACAUGGAUUUGGAGUGCCACGUAGAAGCGUACCCGCCUCCCGCCAUCACUUGGCUGAAGGACGAAAUACAGCUGUCUAACAACCAGCAUUACAGAAUCUCCCAUUUCGCGACCGCCGACGAAUUCACAGACACUACAAUCCGAGUGAUUACUAUAGAGAAGCGACAAUAUGGCCUGUUCAAGUGUAAGGCGCAGAAUAAGCUGGGCACUGAUGAAGGACAAGUCGAGUUAGUCGAGUCGAUAAUCCCGGUGUGUCCGCCCGCGUGCGGCACGGCGCGGUUCGCGGCGGCGGCCUCGCUCGCGCCGUCUGUCGCCACCCUUAUGUCCUUGUUCGCUGUUUACAUCAUUUAUGCUGUCAAAAGAGUCGCCUAUGCCAGACAUUAACUACCCGGGUCUACGGCCAGACCCGCUAGUUUCUGGUUCAGCCAUAAACACUAAAACUCUACAUAUCUUAUAUCUUUUAGCAUAUCUGUUUAUUGCACUAACUUAAUCUAUGACCCAUAACAUGUUACCUUGUUUGUACCUAUAAGUACGAUUUCAGACGAGCGUCUUUGUGCGAUACUUGCUUAUAUUUUGCGCGACUAGAAACUUUACUAAGACUUAUUUUGCACAUAAUAUACAAGUCUGUAUUUUCUUAAAACAAAUGUUUAUUCUGAAUUUUCACGUUCAAGGUUGAAAUCCGGUAAUUGUGGAUGACGAUUCUUGGUCUUACACGAACUUGAAAGCGCGGCAACACUCGAACGAAUAACACGUUUUGUCAAAAGUACGCCUUGGUGCGUGUAUUAAACCGCUAGUCUGAAACUGCACUUAAAAUGUGUAGUGGCACAAAUGUUUGUACUUUUAAAAAUGACGCAACUCUUAAUAUGUUGGGUUUAACAGCUUUAAAAAUACCAGUUUAUCCUGAAAUUGAAACAGGUAGCAUUAUUUUCGCAUUUAUAACAUUAUUAACUAUAUUGCAGCUAUAUUAACUACCUCUUAUUGCUGAACGACUGAAAACACAUAUGUAUGUACCAUAUAAGUACUAUUACAAAAAAAAACUUUGACUUUUUUACAAAAACUAUCGUAUCUUGGUAUUUUUGUUUAAUUACCUGUCUAAUGUCUGUUUAGAUUGUAAAAACACCAAUUAUAUUUCUUAAAAAAUAAAGUAAGCGCCAAGUACUAUUUUGAACCAUAGAGAACAAAGUUUUUAGAUAUUACUUAAAUAACGGCCUACUUUAAAAUCUUAUGAAUUAGGAAUACUUAAAAUAUUAAGUUUGGAAAUAAGAUCAACCCAGUGUAUCAAUAUGAAAAAUGUAUAUUAUCUAAGUGCCAAAAUAUGUACUCCAUUUAAAAAUAUAUAUUGCCUACGUACCUACCCUUAAAAAUAUUAACAAAAAUAAUCUAUGCAUGAAAAGGGCACAACAUAAAAUCUUAAAUAGAAAUAAGUUUCUUUAUAAAUAAUGUGAAUAUGACUGGUUUUCAAUCAUGAUACCAAUUUCAAGAUAUUAUUUAACGUUUUUUUUAUGAAAACAUAAUUUGUAUAAGGAUAUUAUCUUUGUAACAAAAGAAAUAACCAAAACAACUUAGAAAAUAUGAUAUGAACCGAUUUAUGAAUUUAGACAUACAAUUAGAACAAGUUGGACCAUUUAACUAUAACGAUAACCAAACCAUAACCAGCCGUAUACUUGCCGAGCAUUGGUCACAUCGGCAAUUUGACUACUAAAAAUAGUUCGGUUAUCAUCGUUAUAGUUAAAUGGUUCAACUCGCCGUAAAAAUAUAAAAUAACAAAGUUAGUCGACAUGCUAGGAAUGCCUUAUAAAAUAGUUUUGAAGUAAUUCUAGUAAAGUAAUAGUUUUGCACAAAAAAACAACAAAAGAAAAACAUUACAUUUUAUAAUCACAAUGACAGAUUUUUUCAAAAUAAUUUAUUUGUACUUUCUAACUAAUCUCACAAUUCAAUGAGUCAAUUCUUGGUUAAUUUUACUUAAAAAAAUUAUAAUGAAAAGUAGAAUUGAUUUCUAUUUGAAUCUCAAUUAUUUUAAAUUACACACAAUUUAUUUAAAAAACAGCCAUGACUACAAUAAGUUUUCUUAAAAACCAUAUGAAUUCUUAGUACUAAGAAAAAUCUUGUAAUAUUACAUUAAUGAUAGAAUAAGUACCUGCAAAUGUAUCUCGUGUGUGUGUUUUAUAAUAUUUUUAUACUGACUGUAAUAUUAAGAUUGUGACAAAGCUAUGCGAUGCUAUAGUAAAGAUAGAAUAUAUAGCUUGAAAGUAAGUGAAAAAAAUACAUUUUCAUACAAAAAAUUAAUCGUUAAAAAUUGUCGUUCCUUGAAAUGUCAAAGUUUGUACCACUUGGCUUUUCUAAGUAUAGGAUUAGAGCAAAUUACAAUAAACAACAUAUUAUACCAAGGAAGGAAAGGUGAGUGGAGAUGCCAUAAGGCAAGUAGGUCAGUCGCCUUCUAGGUCAAAUACAAACGAUGGGCGUGACUAAAACGCUCAGUUACCAGUGAACUAACGAAGCCUUCCGCUUCCUUGAGACAUUUUUGGUUUUACAAAAAAUGCCCGGAUUCCAAAGAAGGUGUAUGAGGACGGAGCUAGUAACGUUCCUCGUUCCCCGAACACCCGCAUGUUGUCGCGCUACUUUCUUAGGUUAUUUUGCGUUAUGACAUCUCCGCUAGUAUUUUGUUCUCCAUGUACCUAUACAGGACAAUUUUUUUUUUAUAUCUUCAUCAUAUCUAUAGCAUCGCAUAGUUUAUGUACUUCAUACUUAAGAGCCUACUUUUUUUGUUUUGUAGCUUUUUUGCACUUUGACAGUUUUUUUAUAAUGUCAAAAAUGACAGAAUUUUAGUAAAGUGUACCAUUUUGUAAGCUUUUUAAUGCAAUCUAACUUAAAUAUAGUAGAAUCGUUUUGUGGGCUGGCAACAUUUUGACAAAUAUAGUUUGUAGGAGAAUUUAUUUUUGUAGUUUUAUAUACGUUUUUGCUUUGUAUAAAUUGAUGGUUAUCAUGUAUGUAUAUUUGUUUAAAUAAAUGAAAUUAAUUGAUGAAAUUAACUAGGAAAAUUCAAAAGUAAUGAAUCUGUAUUGUAUAUUGGUGAAAUAUUAUUUUAAUAAGAAAGGUCUUAGAAAUUAAUUAAUAAUGUUUUUUAACGUAAUUAUACAUUCCGGAAGAAUUUUGUACAUUUAGAAUACUAUCUGGGAACUGUCGAUUUAAUAUUAAAAAUGUACGAUCAAAAUGAAUUAGGUACUAUCUAUCUGAAAAUAUCUUGUAUCCCAGGUGUAAAGACGGCCGUUCUCAAUAUUUUAUCUAUAGUUUUGUUUACAAAAGAUAGCAAUUUUAUAUGACUAUGUAGCUGAAUGACAUCUCGAGGAAACCUGGACUAUAUAGUAUGAAAUCACCAACCCACAUUGAGCAAGCGUGGUGAUUAAUGCUCUAUCCUUCUCCGUGUGAGAGGAGGCCGCAGCCCAGCAGUGGGACGAUAAAAAGGCUGUAACAGUAUGUAGCUGUAUGUGAAAAUUCUAUCUUUAGUAAGCAAAUUAACAGAAAGUUAUUGGGAAUAUUGGUAAAUUAAAUAGUCUAAAUUCUUAAUUAAUGUUUCGACUGCUUUUACAAUAUUCCAUCCAAAUUGUAAGACUUGAUAAUUUUAGUACCUAAAUGUUUUUACAUACUUACAGAAUUUUUUGUAGAACUUUUUUUGUAUAAUUAAUUUUCAAAUUCUGGUCGUGAAUCAAGUCUCAUUUUUAAAUAAUCUGAACUUAUAUUAAGUAGUUAUUCGCAUCAGUUUUUCCUGAUAUAUUGCCAUGACAUUUUAAUUUUAUGGUCCUUUUUAAGGUAUAAGCCAUUAAAAAAAAAACACGAAUAUUAUGAACACGAUUUUUUUCAUAAAUAAACGAUUUUACUUGAGUUGUGUAAAUAAUAUUUAGAUUUGAUUCCGACUAGAUUUUUUAUAUCAUAAAUACUUAAAAGAAACAGUCGAACUGCAAACUUCCUCCUUUUUGGGAAGUCGGUUGAAACUUUUUUUGUAUAUGUUACGGGUAAUGCUAGAAGGUGGAGUAAACCUAGGUUUACCCGGGUUGACUUAGUAUUACCCAAGCUUCUUGGGUAAAGUCCGAAUAGUAAGUGAAAUCAAUUUAAAUUCGGUGUUUACCCAUGCUCACCUAGGUCUACCCAACUCUGACUGGGUAAUGUUAGGUGUUGCUUAAUUUUCGAGCCCGUGGCGUAAUUCUAAAAAGGUGUAAUUGCAAAACAAAAUGUGCCACAAAGAAGUGUCCAUGCAGAGCUGCAGGAAAAUUAUGCAAUUCUAAAUGUCACAGCAGUUUAUCUUGCUUAAAUAAAUAAUUUCAAUUUGAACAACAACGACCUUUAUUAGUUUUUUUUAUUAGAGCUAUCAAGUUUAUGCUCUUCAAGCGAUUACGAUCACCUUUGUACGUUUUUUAAAUAAUAAAUGUUUAAAAUGACCUUGGAUUUUCAUUUUCACUAAUUAAUUAGACAAAUUUUUAACAUUACCCAGCCAGAGUUGGGUAGACCUAGGUGAGCAUGGGUAAACCCCGAAUUUAAAUUGAUUUCACUUACUAUUCGGACUUUACCCAAGAAGCUUGGGUAAUACGAAGUCAACCCGGGUAAACCUAGGUUUACUCCACCUUCUAGCAUUACCCGUAACAUAUAUAUUGGAAACAAUAACAGCAAUUUUGACAAUGUAUUCAUUUUAGCAGCGGCACUUAUUUAUUAAUGUACUAAUUCACAUUUAUUUGUGUUUCAUAGACUUGUGUAGAAUCUCAAUUUUUAGUUUGUAACUAAUGUCAAGUGCAGUUAUUUUGUUUGAAUAAAUAUAAUUUUGAAAAUAUGUA